GAUGCCGUCUCAGUCUAGAUGCAGUGGACCUUCCGCUCUGACAGCCCACGCAAACCCCACUUAAACCUGCUUUUUUUUCUUUUUUUCCCCCGAUAAGAAUCGGCCUUUGCCGCCUGGUCCUUCUUCCCUUCUUCUCUUCUUCAGAGAUUUCUUUGCUUGCAGGACACCGUCUUUGCGCCAGUGAACGACUUCGAGAGCUUUGCGUUCACUUUUGUUUUAUAAAGCUCUCUAUCUGUGCUAUAGUACCAUUACUAGCCAGUUACCUACUCAGCAGUCGAAAUGGCUCUGGACAGCGAGGUCGCGCCCGCAGUGGCACCCGAGAUCGAGUACGAUGCGAAGAAGGCCGGCAAUGUGAACGUGGAUGAGAAGAGUGUGUCGAAGGAUGUGGCGCUGGUGGGCGAUUCGGUGACAGAAUCGCCUGGGGAGGAGCGCAUGGGAACUCGCGCGCGCCUCUUCGCCUACAUGAAGACACGGGAGUUUUGGAUGACGCUGAUUCUGGGACAAGUGUUGGCCCUGGCGAACAUCAGUUCUUCCACGUUCACGACCCUGUUGGACGACGAGGGCACCGUCAUUCCUGCCUUCCAGACCUUCUUCAACUACGUGCUACUCAACAUCGUGUACACCAGCUUCACUAUCUACAAGUAUGGAUUCAAGGGAUGGGCCAGGCUGGUGUGGAGGGACGGAUGGCGAUAUAUCAUCCUGGCCUUCUUUGACGUCGAAGGCAACUACUUUGUUGUAUUGGCCUACGACUACACCACGCUGCUGAGCGCCGAGCUGUUCGGCCUGUGGACGAUCGUCGUCGUCGUCACCAUUUCGCUGGUGCUGCUCAAGGUGCGAUACCACCUGACGCAGUACAUCGGCAUCUUCAUUGCCUGCGCCGGGCUGGGCCUGCUGAUCGCGUCGGACUACCUGCGGGGCGCCGACUAUUCGGGCUCCAAUCGGCUCAAGGGCGACCUGUUUGCCCUGCUGGGCGACACCAUGUACGGGUUUAGCAACUGCUACGAGGAGUUCAUGGUCUCCAAGCGGCCCAUGUACGAGGUGAUCGGCCAGCUGGGCUUCUGGGGCAUGAUCAUCAACGGCACGCAGGCGGCCAUUUUCGACCGCCCUGGGUUCCGCAAAGCCGUGUGGAACGGCAAAGUCGGCGGCUACCUGACCGGAUACACGCUCGUGCUCUUCAUCUUCUACACGCUCGCCCCCAUCAUGUUCCGCAUCUCGUCCGCCACCUUCUUCAACAUCUCCAUGCUGACCAUGAACUUCUGGGGGCUCAUCAUGGGGCUCGAGGUGUUCCACUACACCGUCCCAGCCCUGUACCCCGUCGCCUUUGUCAUGAUCAUCAUCGGCUUCUUCGUCUACUUCCUCACCGAGGGCGUCCUGGGUGAGGCCAAGAAGCCCUGGCUGGGCGAUGACCAGCAAAAGGGUGUCGAGGGGCUGGGCACCGGUCGUCGUGCCCAGCAGUCGGGCCAUCUCAUUGUCUAGGCUUAACUACUUAAUACUCCGUAUACACCAUCGAGCUACUCACUCUACUUUAUAAUAAUACUUUACUACAACUACCGUACAAUCACUCUGUCCGCCGCACUUAGUACUCCGCACUACUAUCCCGCUUCAUAUUAUCCCCCACUAUCCCUCGGCUGUAAUUACUCGCCUGCAUUCCCUCCCAAGUGCCAUCACCGACCACUGACCAGUCUUGGCAAGGGGGCUGUGCAGCGACGAGGGCAGAAACACGGUGGGGAAAGCAGGGGAGGGGAAAAAAAAAUACCACCACACAUAAAGAAAGACAUGCCCCGUUGCUCUUUGUUUUCAAUCGUUGAAGAUUCUCUAAU